ACGUGGCCGGAAUAUUUCAACAGCGCAUGCGUUAUUAUUUCACUGUAGCGUUAACGUUGUGCAUCUGCCUAGAUUUGAGUGUUAUUCAUUUAUACAGUGUGUUUGUUUUAAAGACGAAAUGUCGUUCUGUUCUUUUUCCGGGAAGGAAGUGUACAAAGAUCAUUUUAAGCGAGGAAUAUAUGUCUGCUCCCAAUGUGCAAACCCACUGUUUUCAAGUCGAUCAAAAUAUGUCCACUCCUCGCCUUGGCCAGCUUUCACAGAAACUAUCCAGGAGGACAGUGUAACUAAAGUGAUGGAGACACUCACAGCUUAUAAGGUUCUGUGUGGGAAGUGUGGAAGUGGACUAGGCCAUGAGUUUCUGAAUGAUGGUCCAGAAGAAGGCAUGUCAAGAUUUUGAAUUUUUAGCCACUCAAUGAAGUUUGUUCCAAAAGACAAGGUUGGCCAUCAAUAAAGCGAGGAUGGCAGUCUAUGAACAUGCUCUCUAGCUGCUGUUGCACACACACAUUAAGGGGAUGCUCAAUUUAUGAAGUGAACUGGGAAAAAUCCACCUGGAUCCCCUGUUCACAGAUGUAUGUGGUCAUCCUGCUCUGUACCACACUGUAAAACAGUAAUAAUGUUUCAGAUAUGCAGAACUGUGUAGAAACAAAAAUCAGAUGCUUUCUCGUGGGCCAUAGGAAUUAAUAUCCUUUACUAAUCCAUAUAACAUGGCUUAGUAUGACUUCUUUGGUCCAGUGGGUCUGAAUCUGGGAUUUGUCAUGCUUAGAUGUCAUUUAUUUUUUUUAUUUUUUUAUUUUUUAACAUCGUUCAGCUACUAUUAAUGCUAGUUAUUAUAUUACCUUUGCAUAUAUUGAACUGGUCAUUUGAAAUGAAUGUGGAAAAUCUAAAGCACAUGAAUGUAUCAAGUGAAUUUUAUUAAAACUAGGAAAAAUA